AGGAGGGCGAGGGCGGCGAGCCAUGACGGGCGGCGGCGCCGCGGAGCGCCCGCGGUGGUAGAGGGCGAGCGCGGGGCGCGGAGCCCGCCCGGCGCGGGGCGCGGAGAGCGCGGAGAGGAGCGCGGGGAUCGCGGAGCGGCCGCCAUGGGCAACGCGGGGAGCGUGGACGCGCAGCAGACGGAGCUGAGGGCGCACAGCGUCCCCCUGAAGCUGCCCAUGCCCGAGCCCGGCGAGCUGGAGGAGCGCUUCGCCGUGGUGCUGAAUGCCAUGAACCUGCCUCCUGACAAAGCCCGGCUCCUGCGGCAGUACGACAACGAGAAGAAGUGGGAGCUCAUCUGUGACCAGGAAAGGUUCCAAGUGAAGAAUCCCCCACACACUUACAUCCAGAAGCUGAAGGGAUAUCUGGACCCAGCAGUGACCAGGAAGAAAUUCAGGAGACGAGUCCAGGAGUCGACUCAGGUGCUCCGAGAACUGGAAAUUUCCUUGAGGACAAACCACAUUGGAUGGGUCAGGGAGUUCCUGAACGAGGAGAACAAAGGCCUGGACGUCCUGGUGGAGUACCUGUCCUUUGCCCAGUAUGCAGUCACGUUUGACUUUGAGAGCCUGGAGAGCAGCGUGGAGAGCUCCAUGGACAAGUCCAAGCCCUGGAGCCGCUCCAUCGAGGACCUGCACAGGGGCAGCAACCUGCCCUCUCCCGUGGGGAACAGCAUCUCCCGCUCCGGCAGGCACUCCACGCUCCGCCCGGUUUCUCUGCCCGACCACCUUGAGCUCAAACGCUGCCGCGGCUGCCUGGCGGCCGACUGCCUCUGGAGCAGCUUCCCCUUGCGCUCCGCCGCCCGGAAAACCCCGUACAACACGCUGCCCAGCCGAAGGACGCUGAAGAACUCGCGGCUGGUGAGCAAGAAGGACGACGUGCACGUGUGCAUCAUGUGCCUCAGGGCCAUCAUGAACUACCAGUACGGGUUCAACAUGGUCAUGUCCCACCCUCACGCCGUCAAUGAGAUCGCGCUGAGUCUGAACAACAAGAACCCCAGGACCAAGGCCCUGGUGCUGGAGCUUCUGGCGGCUGUCUGCCUCGUCCGGGGCGGCCACGAGAUCAUUCUGUCUGCCUUUGAUAACUUCAAGGAGGUGUGCGGGGAGAAGCAGCGCUUCGAGAAGCUCAUGGAGCAUUUCCGCAACGAGGACAACAACAUUGACUUCAUGGUGGCCUGCAUGCAGUUCAUCAACAUCGUGGUGCACUCCGUGGAGGACAUGAACUUCCGAGUGCACCUGCAGUACGAGUUCACCAAGCUGGGCCUGGACGAGUACCUGGACAAGCUGAAGCACACGGAGAGUGACAAGCUGCAGGUGCAGAUCCAGGCCUACCUGGACAACGUGUUCGACGUGGGGGCCCUGCUGGAGGACGCCGAGACCAAGAACGCAGCCCUGGAAAGGGUGGAGGAACUGGAAGAAAACCUGUCCCACUUAUCUGAAAAACUCCAGGAUACGGAGAACGAAGCCAUGGCCAAGAUUGUGGAACUGGAAAAGCAGCUGAUGCAAAGGAACAAAGAACUGGACGUGAUCAGGGAGAUCUACAAGGAUGCCAACAGCCAGGUUCACACCCUGAGGAAGAUGGUGAAGGAGAAGGAGGAAGCCAUCCAGCGCCAAUCCACGCUGGAGAAGAAGAUCCACGAGCUGGAGAAGCAGGGAACCAUCAAGAUCCAGAAGAAAGGGGAUGGGGACAUCUCCAUCCUUCCCGUGGCGCUGGGCUCCGGGAUGGUGCCGGCAGGAGCAGAGGCAGUACCAGGGACCUGUGGCACGCCUGGAGCCGCCCCCUCGGUGCCGCUGCCCCCACCUCCACCCCCCCUGCCCGCCCUGCCGGGCUCCCCUGAGGCAGUGCCCAACGGCCCCGUGGCAGUGCCUGUGCCACCUCCACCACCACCUCCUCCUCCUCCUCCUCCUCCUCCUCUCCCGGGCCCGGCUCCAGACGCAGCUCCAGCAGCUCCGCUGCCGCCUCCGCCGCCGCCCUCGGCUCCCCCCCUGCCCGGCACGGCCUCGCCCACCGUGGUCUUCAACUCUGGCCUGGCAGAUGGGCCCAUCAAGCUCUUCUCUGUGAAGAUCAAGAAGCCCAUCAAGACCAAGUUCCGCAUGCCCGUGUUCAACUGGGUGGCCCUGAAGCCCAACCAGAUCAACGGCACCGUCUUCAACGAGAUCGACGACGAGCGCAUCCUCGAGGACCUAAACGUGGAUGAAUUUGAGGAGAUAUUCAAAACGAAAGCCCAGGGCCCAGCCAUGGACCUGACCUCCAGCAAGCAGAAGAUCCCUCAGAAAGGCUCCAACAAGGUCACGCUGCUGGAUGCCAACAGAGCCAAGAACUUGGCCAUCACCCUGCGGAAAGCCGGCAAGACGGCGGAUGAGAUCUGCAGAGCCAUCCACGUCUUUGACCUGAAGACGCUGCCGGUGGAUUUCGUGGAGUGCCUGAUGCGGUUCCUGCCCACGGAGAACGAGGUGAAGGUGCUGAGGCUCUACGAGAGGGAGAGGAAGCCCCUGGAGAACCUGUCGGACGAGGACAGGUUCAUGAUGCAGUUCAGCAAGAUCGAGAGGCUGAUGCAGAAAAUGACCAUCAUGGCCUUCAUCGGCAACUUCGCCGAGAGCAUCCAGAUGCUCACCCCGCAACUCCACGCCAUAAUCGCUGCCUCUGUCUCCAUAAAGUCAUCCCAAAAACUUAAGAAAAUCCUGGAGAUCAUCCUGGCUCUUGGGAAUUACAUGAACAGCAGCAAACGAGGGGCUGUGUAUGGAUUUAAGCUGCAGAGUUUGGACCUGCUCCUGGAGACCAAGUCGACGGACCGGAAGCAGACGCUGCUGCACUACAUCUCCAACGUGGUGAAGGAGAAGUACCAGCACGUGGCCCUGUUCUACAACGAGCUGCACUACGUGGAGAAGGCAGCAGCAGUGUCCCUGGAGAACGUCCUGCUGGACGUGAAGGAGCUGCAGCGGGGCCUGGAGCUGACCAAGCGCGAGUACACCAUGCACGACCACAACACCAUGCUCAAGGACUUCAUCCAGAGCAACGAGGGCAAGCUCAAGAAGCUCCAGGAUGAUGCCAAAAUAGCCCAGGAUGCCUUUGACGAUGCUGUGAAGUAUUUCGGGGAGAAUCCCAAGACAACCCCACCCUCGGUCUUCUUCCCGGUGUUUGUCCGCUUUGUGAAGGCCUACAAGCAAGCAGAGGAAGAGAACGAGCUGAGGAAAAAGCAGGAACAGGCCUUAAUGGAAAAACUCAUGGAGCAAGAAGCGUUGAUGGAGCAACAGGACCAAAAGUCCCCAUCCCACAAGAGCAAGCGGCAGCAGCAGGAGCUGAUCGCGGAGCUGCGGCGCCGGCAGGUCAAGGACAACCGGCACGUGUACGAGGGCAAGGACGGCGCCAUCGAGGACAUCAUCACAGCCCUAAAGAAGAAUAAUAUCACUAAAUUUCCCAAUGUUCACUCGAGGAUCUCCGGAACCAGCCGUACCGCCGCGCCGACGCGCUGAGGAGGAGCGUGCGCCGCCGCUUCGACGAGCACGGGCUGCGCUCCAACGGCGCCGAGCUGGCCAUGUGAGCCCGCCGGGGAGCGGGAUGGGCUCCGGCACAUCCCUCCUUCUCCGGGGAACGCGGACCUUCGGAGGGCUCCCGGCCCCGCGCCGGGCUCUCCACGCCAAGUGCCUGAAAUGGAAGCUCCUGCUCCGAUGGAUCCGAGCAAUAGGAUUGGGGUUGGUUGGGUUUCUCCGGACGCCGAGACUCUGCAGGAUUUGUAACCAAAAUGUAAAAUAGGGGUUGGGUUGGGGGGUUGGGUCGGUGAGAGCAAGGGCUCCUGUGGGCCUGACUGGCUGGAAACUGGGAAUACUGGGAUGUGCUUGGCUUCUAACGCUGGGCCGAGGGGCAGGCCCGGCCUUCAGCUGCACUUAACAGCUCUUUUUUAAUUAAAUCUACAAACAAAGACAUUUGAGGGCUUUCUGUACCGGGAAUCAAAAUAAUCCCAAGGAAGAACCCAGCCCUUUUCCCAGCCCAUGCAGCCUCCAAAUGGAACGUGGGCCCACAGGCCCAGGGCUAGGAAUGGAACAGGAGGUGCCCCAGCCCAGCGCGGGGGUUUGGGAUGUUCCAGGCCGGCCAAGGCAGGCAGCGUUGGGAUAACAGCGUAUUUAUUAAUUAGCACUAAGCAAUUAACACCCAGUAAUCAGUAUUAGGCUCUGAGGACCGGUGCAGUCCAGUUCCUGGCAGGGGGAUUCCAGCCCUGCUCUGGCUCCGAGACGUUCCCGCUCGGAUCCCUGCUGAGGCUCCUUUGGAGGGGAAGCCCAGCCUGAAAUUCGCGGCAGGGUUUGGGUUCUCCAUGGUGUUUCCCAAGCCUGGAAAGGGACAGGAGGCUGAUGGGGACCAUGUGCCCCUCCCUGUGCCCCGGAGCAGCGGGAUGGAUCCCACUCCCUGCCAGCAGCAGCCAGGAGUUGGGAAGAGCUGGACUGAGGAGAAAUUUGUCCUUCCCAAAUCCCAUUUUGCUUCCAGCUUCCCUGCCUGGGCUCAUCUAUCUGUUAAUUGUAAAAUUUCUUGUAUAGUAUUUAACCACUGAAUUUCUUUGCCCUUUUCCAUUGUGCUCCUGUGAACCACUGGUGAAGGUCCCUGUUUUUGUUUAUUUUUUUCCCUUGGAUAAUGUGUAGUUAUAUGAUAAUCUGUUUUUAAAUGUACAGAUAUUUUGCUACAAAAUUGGUGCAGUUUUUUAUGGUUUUUACACUUCCCCCCCACUUUAGCCUCUGGGUAAUAUUGUAAAUAUUGUUUAAAAGGAAAUAAAUGCAUCAAGCCUGUGCUAUACAAUCUGAAUGUUAUUUUAACUUAUAGUUUUUGUUUUUAUAUUUAACUAAAAGGACAGUUUUGGACUCAGAGUUACCACAUUGACCAAUUUCCAGGAAUUUUUCCUUGAAAAACUGCCAAGUUUUGCAUUUACAGCACUGUGUACUUGACCUGCUAAAGAGAACAUGCCACUGUUGGAACGAGCGUUUGGAUCAAAGAAAACCGGAGCAUUUGAAUUUCAAAUUUCAGCACUUGUUGGGGUAUAAGCACUAAAUCUCAUUUUCUUCAGCUCAAAGGUAUUUUUAUAAUAAAAGCCCAGAAUGAAAGCCAAGCUGGCAUGUUCUCUUUAAUAUUUUUCUAGUCAUAGAUCUGCUUCUUAGCAAGAUUAGAAGUGUUUCUAAAGCAGUUCACGUUCCUUUCCUGGUCUGUUCCUGCCCUAAAAUCAAAUAAACUAUUUACACUACUA